AUGCGUGCGUGGGGCGCGUUUGUGGCAUUCGCGAUGGCUGCGCUCGUGGGAGCGAAGGAGCCACCUAAGUCGCUUAUGAUCGGAGUCAAGUACCGCCCAGAGUUUUGUCCAUUCAAAUCGCAGGACGGCGAUCAGGUUCAUGUGCAUUAUACGGGACGCUUGUGGGAAGGCAAGAAGUUUGACUCAUCAUAUGACCGUGGCGAGCCACUGCCUCUGAAGCUCGGCGCUGGCGCGGUCAUUGCCGGCUGGGAGCAGGGUCUUAGGGAUAUGUGUAUUGGCGAGAAGCGCAAGCUGCAAAUUCCACCUGAACUUGGCUAUGGCAGUAUGAAUCUGGGCGAUAUCAUUCCUCCAGAUUCGACGCUUGUGUUUGACGUGGAGCUGGUCGACAUCAAUGGUCAGAGCGCCUAUGUGCAGCCGGAAAGCCACGAGGACUUGUAG